UCGUGAGAAAGGACUAUUUCCCCCCCAAGUUCGAUUCAUGCAGCAACACGGUGAAUUGAAUUCGAAUUGCGCACAGACCCUCUCGUUUGAAUGAAUCCCCAACUCCAUUCUGGCAAACGGGCCUCACAUGUCAGACAUGGCUUCAUUUCCUCAAGGCGUUGCUACGCAAACUAUCCCAGGCAAACUUGUACUCGUAGCGCCUGGGAAGUGCCCUGGUUUGCCACUCAUUGCCAACACGGUUCAUAUAUUGUUGAUGCGUGUUCCAAAUUGUACCAACUGUCCUCCCCUCUAAUUACGCGCAGCGUCCUAAGCGGGCCCAACCCGACCUCAGUACACGUUAACUACCCUGGUCCCUGGUCCCUCCCUGUCGGUGUGCUGCUUUCUUUGAUGUUGGAGCAACUUUGACACGCGAUGUGCGGCUGACAUUGCUCCAAGUUCGGGAACAGCAUACUCUCCAGUAUACUUCCCAAGAAU